AUGUCGAGCCUUGGGAAGCCUGUACGCAUCAAGUUCAUACCCUCUCUCGCCUUUAGCGUCGCCCGCCGGCGGUGUGCAGCAAAUAGAGCAAGCAAGCCUCCAGGCAAGAACUGGCCGCAGGCCUUCCAGAAGCGUCAUCCAGAGCUCAAAUCGAGAAGGGUCAAAGCAGUUGACUGGCAGCGUCAUGAAAAGAACAUCUAUCCUAAGAUCACGCACUGGUUCGAGGCUAUCGGCGAGGUGCUCCAGGACCCAGCUGUCCGUCCUGAGAACGUGUACAACAUGGAUGAGACUGGCGUCAUGCUCAGCAUGCUUGGCUCCGUCAAAGUCCUUGUAGGUAAGGACGAUCUGCGCGACUAUAGGGGAGCAGGCGUCAAGCGAACAACGGUGACCGCAAUCGAAUGCGUAAACGCUGACGGUAGGUCUCUUCUUCCACUCAUCAUCUGGCCAGCUUCAACCCAUCGCAGCAACUGGACCACCUAUCCAACGCCAGGAUGGCACUACGCGCACUCCGAUAAUGGCUACAAUGAUUUCAAGAUCAGCUUGGAGUGGCUCAUACGCGUGUUUGAUCCUCAGACCAAAGAUAGAGCUAACGGAAAACCACGAGUACUAAUCUGUGAUGGUUUCGGAACGCACGAAACGCUAGAGAUCCUGGAGUUCUGCUUUGAGAACAACAUUACGCUAUGUCGUCUUCCUUCUCACACUUCUCACAAGCUUCAGCCCUGUGAUGUUGGGCCUUUUGCGCCCCUGAAGGCCGCUUAUCGCGACCAGGUUGACCGACUAAACCGAGGGGGUGUAGACACAGUUGGUAAGGAGCAUUUCACGUCACUGUACAGCCCUGCUAGGGAAAGGGCGUUUACUAGGAGGAACAUCAUGGCUGGAUGGAAAGCGACUGGCCUGUUCCCGUUCGAGCCUGGGAAGGUACUACAAGACCUACCAAAGCCUCCAACCCAGUUGCUCGUUCCAGCAGCUGGCGAAGUUGUGGUGCCUUGUCAGCCGGAAGAGGCGCCGCGGACGCCCGUGACACCCACAACGCCCGUCACAACAGAAGCUUUGACAUCGCUGCAUGAGAUGAUUAAGUGCGAUACUCUUGCACUUGACGAGAGAAGUAAGCAGCGCAUUGAGAGACGCGUACAAAAACUCGCAACUGCUGCACGCGUCUCAUUCGCCGAACUCUCACUUCUCCAAGACCACAACCGGUUUCUGUCAAAGAUUAACGGCGAGAUUAGAGCUCGUCGGUCGGCAAAAUCGAUGAUACUGGGAAAGGCCAAGGUGAUGACCUGGGAGGCGCUCGAAGAGGCACGAACGAAGCGUGCCGCAAAAGAGGCAGCAGCUACUAAAAAGGGAAAGCGCGUUGGCAAGCGCAAGGAACCCCCGGCUGGAGCAGAAGCAGUAGGGACAAAGGCUGGGGCAACACAGCGAAGCGAAGCGCCAACGCCAUGGAGGGCCCCGGUGGCACGGAUGGUUGCGGGAGACUGGCGUUGA